UGCUGGCUGGACUACUACUGCCAAACGACCAAUGAGGAAGAAGCGGGGCGGAGAACAGUCGACGGUUGUACUACGGCAUAGUACUGCAAACAGCUGUGGAAGCGUCUUCUGCUUUGUACACACGUUUCGCUGAUCUGGUCAAUGGAUUACACAGUUUCCCUACAAGUGCAACAUCAAUUGACGGUGUUCCCGACACACUUGUACCAGGGUUACAGUUUGGAGUUACAGAUGAAGUCUACAGAAGUGGACCAAGGGCUUUUCACAGACACCUACUGUAAAGUGUGCAGCGCUCAGCUCAUCUCCGAGUCCCAGAGGGUUGCCCACUAUGAGAGUCGGAAACAUGCCAAUAAAGUGCGGCUGUAUUACAUGCUACAUCCCGUGGAUGGAGGCUGCCCAGCAAAGAAACUCAGAACAGACAAUGGCAGUGAGGAGGGAGACGUGGACAAGAACAAGUGUUGCACACUGUGUAACAUGUCCUUCACCUCAGCAGUGGUGGCACAGUCACAUUACCAAGGCAAAAUCCACGCCAAGAGACUAAAGCUGCUGCUGGGGGAGCAGCCUGCCAUCACAGCAAAAGAGGCUCCACCCAGUCCCGUGAAAAGCUCCCCAGAAACGACCCCAUUGACCUCUCCUCGGCAGCGCAGGGACUCAGACCGUUACUGCCAGCUAUGCAACGCCUGGUUCAACAACCCGGGCAUGGCACAGCAGCACUAUGACGGCAAGAAGCACAAGAAAAACGCAGCUCGUGCCGACCUCCUGGAACAGCUGGGCAAGACCCUGGACAUGGGAGAGAUGAAAGGUCUGAAACGUAGCUAUACCUGUGAAGUCUGCAGUGUCACACUCAACUCUGUGGCACAGUACCAUGCACAUCUGCAGGGCUCAAAGCACCAAAACAACCUGAAGAAUCAGAUAUGUGUCCAGUGAAUCUUGAAGAACAAAACAAACCAUUUGAUUGAUGUCAGACAAGCUGUGUUCAGCUUGCCCCAAUAUUUCUGCCUCUGCCCUGCUUUCUCUCUCUACCACACACACACACACACACACACACACACACACACACACACACACACACACACACACACUCUAUCUUUGUCUCUCUCCGUUGCCCUGCUAGCAUACAAUAGGAGAGCAAGUUUUUUUUUUAAAUGCUUCAGCUCCACAGCAUCUGUCUCACCUGUCAACUUAAGGCUUCUGCAGAACUCUUGUCAUUUUGGCCAUGUGAUAAUCAACAUUCCACAGAUUCUGCAUUUCACACCAACAGAUUCUCAGUACUUUUAAAGACGAUGGUCGACGAGAAUAAAUGUGGAUCCAGCAAAGGGACAGUCCCCUCAAUGCAUGAAAGAAAUGAACGACCUGCAACUUCAUGCUAACUAUGCUUUUGCUUUAGUUGUAAGUGGUUAGAGAGAGGAAGACUCUCAAUGGCAUUUUGGCUUGAGUAAUAAAGUGUUUUUUGUAAUUUAUUUACCUGAAAUAGAAUAUGUAUAAGAGAACUGAUAUAUAAGUAGUGUAUUGUUUUUUAAAUCUUAUUUAUGAGUAAUUUAUUUUAUUUUUAAAAUGUAUUUUGCCCUCAGACUGUUUUUUCCCUUUAGAAUAAUGUAUAAUAAUAUAAUAAUGUGUGGGUCUAUGCUAUAUAUUCCCAUCUAAUCUCACAGUAACAUAAUAUCCUUGGUGGACAAGUUGGCAAUAAUAAUGACAAUGUCAUUGAACAUAAUGGCAUGGUGCACAAGUUGCUUUAUAUAUAAUACAGUAAAAGGUUUUCAUAAUGUUUACAAUUUGAAUCUGAACUGAUUUAUCUGCAGCUCUAGUAGUCCUAAAUAGGGGAUCUACAGGUAACUGCCAAAAUAAAGGAAACACAAUAAGGUAUAUUGAAAGCAGGUGUAUUGAAAGCAGAUGCUUCCAAACAGAUGUGGUUCAUUGGUUAAUUAAGCAAUUAAAAUCCCGUCAUGCUUAGGGUCAUAAUAUAAAAUGCCUAGUUGCCCAUUAUUUUGGACUAAUUAACCCAGGAACCACAGUGACUUUGAAAGAGGGGUCUCAAAGGAGCAUAGGGGGUUUAAAGGUGUGUGUGUGUGUGCGUGUGUCAGUCACC